ACAGUUGGGUUUUGCAAAAUGCAUGAAAUAUGCAUGCAUAAUGUACUUACAGUGACAUACAAGGGAUCUGAGCAAAUAACAAUGAUGAGAUAAAUGUGGCUCUCUAAGCUAGGAGUUUGACCUUAAAGACGACUGAUUUUCUCUUCUCUCAGCAUCGGAAUAAAUGAUGCUGUGUUUCUUCAAUAACAUGAAAUAAAUUUUGACCGGGCUAAUUAGUUUUAUAAUAGUACAAAUAAGGAAUAACAUAAUUGACAUUAGCUAUUAUGCUGGAUUUGGGAUGGAAAUUGGAUUCCAGAACCACAUGGAAGAUAACAAAAAGCUGUAAUAGAACAAAUGAUUAGAAAUUAUAGCACCGUCUUCUUCCUGUCACUGCAGUAAAAGAAACUUCUUUCUCUGUAAAAAGACAUGGUGUGUGAUACGGAGUCUGAGAUGUACACUAUUUAAUCUUACCUUUACUACUGCUGAAGAUACACCAUCAAAACUACUUUUUGUUUGCAGAUCUUUUGUCACACAUUAAUUUAAUCCUAUUUCUUUCCCAGAUCUAGAUUUAAAAUGAAGCGAUGACGAUAUUUCUGUGAUAAUGUACGUAUAUGCCUCAGAAGAUUUAUACAGGUCAGUUACUAAAGUAAGAAUCAACAAAACACAGCUAUAUCAUGUAUUUGAUAAAUACUACACCAUUUAGAACAGCUGUUGCAGUGGUUUACUUGUGAAGAGUUUUAAAUAACUUGCUGCCAUAAUUUCCCAAAAUAAUUGUUCUGAAAAAAAGUAAGCUACUUUAAAGCAGACUACGAAUUUCAAAAGAAAAAAACACUUAGUAUAAUACUAUAGAGACUUGAAGCUGUAUGUAAUGAAUUUGCAAAUUUUGGAUGCAAUAUUAGAAGGACUAGAAAUAGCAGGAGUAAUAAUUUCAUUAGAAAGAGAGAAAUUUCCUUUUCCGGUGCUUCUGAACUUCAGAACUAUAAACAUAUUCUUUCCAAUACAGAAAGUUCACUAAAUACCAUCUUUUGUGCAGUCUACUGGAGCAGCUGUGAAUAGUGAUCCCAAGUAUUCACAUCAGCACAACAUUGGUAGGAAGCUCCACAUCAAGAAAAGAGAGAAUGGACAGGCUGCCUUUUUUCCUUUUUUUUUUUUUUUUUUAAACAAACAAACAAACAAAAAACUACCACCUCAAACAAACAGGUACAUUGGGAAUUGCUAAGUGAAGUCCCACCAACUUACUGAAUAGAUGAUACAUGAAUUGGCUACACAUGCGGUGUAUAUAAUGUCCCUCUGGUGAUAUUACGGUUAUGUGGAUUCUUUUUCAGACACAAAGUCCUCAUUAGAGGUAGCUGAAAAACAGAGCUGGAGGGAGAAAUGACGACAAUAUAAUAAUUUUUCAUCUAAGUUUGUCCAAUCUUUAGUUUCAAUGAGAAAUAAUCAUCCCAAACUUGAGGGACUGAAAAAUGCUGACUCUAAUUCCACUCCCAAUUCAUGGUCAACUCCAACAAUAACCUUUUAUGGUUGUACAAAUCAGAGAAAGCCAACGCAACAUUUCAGGUACUGAGAUACACUGAAGAAGUGAACAUUUCCUUGUUUUGGGGGUCUUGCCAGGGCUAGGCUUGCACAGAAGCCGUGACGAUCUGUGCAGCUAUUCUGCCAAUAUUUUUAUACUGUAUAGCGUGUGUAAAUAUGCAAAUAUUUAUGUAUGCAAUUACAAGCAAAUACGGUCUGUAGGAGCUUACUUAUAUGUAGGAGGCAGAGCAUUUUCAACGUGUUGCUGCGCUUCCUUAUUUACUUAUUUAUAUUCAGACAAAGGAAGUGGUAAGGCUGUCUAGCUGACAACUUUUCUGAGAAGAGACCAUUUUGUACUAGAGGAAGCUGUAUCUCUCUUGGAUGUGCUAACAACGUUGUUCUGAAAUAAAAUAAAUAAAUAAAUAAAUAAAUUAAAAACAGAACUUGGAAAGAGCUGGAUAUUAGGCAAGGACUUACUCGGCCUGCUGGAGGUGAUCAUACACACGGAAUAUAUGGCUGCUUCAUCGACAGCACUGGCAUGAGCAUUCUCUAACUGCCUGGAGGAGCAAACGUACCAUGGAUCCGCGAAACAUUCCCUACCGUUCAGAGGUGGCUACAUGGAACCCAGAUGAAUUAGCAGAAUAUUUUAAGACGUUAAAGUAUAAGGACUGUGAGAAAGUUGUGAGAAAGCACAGCAUAAGUGGACAACGGUUUUUGAACAUGUCUGAAAAUGAUAUUCAGAAAUUUCCCAAACUCAGAGUGCCAAUUGUAAGUAAAUUAAGUCAAGAAAUAAACAGAAAUGAAGGAAGGAUGUCUUUCUUUCCAAAAUGGGGCCAAACACAAAAGUGUCCUGAAAAUCCAGGAUAUAGUCAAGAAGAUGGUGGCUGGUCUUCAUUUGAUGAAGAUGAUGACUACGAAAGCCCUGAUGAUGACCAAGAAAAGGAAGAUGAGGCUGACUAUGAAUCACCAACAGGAGAGCCUGAGGAAGCAGAACAUGACAGUGAUGGCUAUGAGCCACCUCCAUCCAAUAAUGAUGAAGCACACCACAAUGUCAUAUUUCCUGCCAAAUCCCUUGCAAACAACACAGAUUAUAUAGACAGACCUUCAACAGCCAGAUCAUCACAACAGCCUCCAGUACCACCCCAGCGACCUGGCCCGUCCACAGUACCAGCCUCAUUUGGGGGAAGAGGUGCUUCUCUGCCACCUUUUCCUCCUCUUCCAAGCAACAAUGACUUGACUAGAGACAGAAAUAUCAAACCUUCAAAACCCCCAGCUCCUUCUAUAGACAGAAGCACGAAACCCCCACUGGAUCGCCUUGCUCCACCAUUUGAAAGAGAAGCCCCAAUAUCAGGGAGGAAGCCAGGCUAUCCUGAGAAGCCUCUGACUCCACAGCUAAGAUCCCUGGGAGAACAGCUAGCAAUGAUGCCAAAACCUCCUGUCCCACCAAGCGACAGAUAUGAAAGAGGCAAUCCAACUCCUCUAAGGAAGCAAACUCCUGUCAAGCAGGGUUGGCCACAACAAAAGAGACCUGAAGAAGAAGAAGACACCGCACCCCAAAGAGCAGUGCCACAGCUAUCUUUGCCCCCAUACAGCUCCAAUACAUUCCCAUCAAAAUCUAUCAAGCCUCCACCUAAGCCAGGAUCCAACAGCAUGCCUGGUGCAGAAAGUGCUAGAAGCCUGUCUGCAAGUGGCUCUCUACCACCUCGCUUCCCUCUAGGCAACAACAGCAGAUCUCCUUCAAGAGGGACAGCUGAUAUAAGACCUCCAUUGCCCAUUCCUAGCAGACAGACUGCUCAGCACACAAACACGGAGGAAGAUGAGGAUUCAUUAAAUGAUGAAUGGUACGUUGCUUAUAUUAGCCGGCCAGAAGCAGAAGCAGCUCUUCGAAAAAUAAACAAGGAUGGAACCUUCUUGGUAAGAGACAGCUCAAGAAAAACUGCUACUCAUCCAUAUGUACUGAUGGUGUUGUACAGAGAUAAAGUAUACAACAUCCAGAUUCGUUACCAGGAGCAAAAUCAGAUAUAUUUGUUAGGAACUGGCUUAAAAGGAAAAGAGGAUUUUUCAUCUGUAGCAGACAUCAUUGAUUACUUCCAAAGAACACCUCUUCUUCUGAUUGAUGGAAAAGACAGGGGUUCAAGAAACCAGUGCAUGUUAACAUACGCUGCAGGACAUAUUUAAAUGAGACCCUAAUGAAGAUCACAUAAAGGAUCAAAGUCUACUAAAGUCUGUAAACCUAAGGAUACUUCCUUUUUCAGUGAACUAAAACCAUGAAGAAAUCAUUAAAAAUACUUUUAAUUUUAAU